AUGAUUUACAACGAGAAGAAAACACAACGGAGCACUCUGCAAGCAGACAUUGCAACGCUGCUUCAGCAGUACACUAAGGGCGCCAUUGAAUCAGCUAAGGCAACCCUAAACAGUCUUCAGCGCGAGGAACACCUGGUGGCCGGUGUCUGGCUGGCUGGAGCAACUGAAGCCAUGGAGCGUGCCAAAUACCUCAUCGGGUGCAUUCUCAUUGGCCUACCGUCAGCUGCUUCAUGUAGACGGGCAAUUGCCUGCCUGAGGCGAGCCGACCUUGAGCUGGAGGCCUUCACAAUCUGGGGUACUCUCAAGCUCGCAGAUGUAGCGAGCCAGGCUUCUGUAGCCUCAGCUCUCAAAGAGCAGAGGAGAAUGCACUUUCGUGGCGUUUUUCUGGAUGGGACAAAGGAAGAAUGGCUGGAGAAGGCGUCGAUGGCCAGGGGUCGGUACUCGGAGCUAGCUCGAUGGGGUGUUCCGACGUACACUCUGGUGAAGGAGAACGACUGGAUCAUGCACCCGUUUUGUGGGCUGCCAGUUGGAUUGAUACCUUUUCUGAAGGAAUCGCAGAUCGGAAAGCGCGACGAUACAUUGCCUAGCUUAUGCUACCCGCCCGAAGUGGACGCUGGAUCCUUCGAACGCGCAGCUCGUGGUGAAGGUGUAGAUGGAUGGCCACAACGGGUAGACGCAGUGACAGCCAAAAGAUCUAAGAGGGAGAUAAGCGAGG